CAUGUGUUCAGUGUUAUUAAUAUUUAAACAGCAUCCAUGCAUGUCGAAAUAAACAACCUACACAUUCUUACAGGUUCUCUUACACAUCCAUUAUUAUGCUAAGCAUUAAAACCGGUCCGGGAGGUUUUGAUCCCUUUCGUCAUGCAGAUAACAUCCCGACACAUCACCAAAGACCCGCAGAAACCAUUACAGUUUCAAUUAAAACCACUUCAACUCUCAUUAUAACCAUUAAGCCUAUGAGAGUUUCUGCGGUGGUUAUAGUGUUUUGAGUGACGUGCCAAAUCACUUUAUGUAAGUAAAAUAAUUCACGCAUGUGAGUGUUUUCAGCUCAAACAAACGCGCAUCUGAUGAACGCAACGUGACAGAGAAGGAGAGGGCGGGGCCACUGGAGAAGAUAUGUCACGUGACCAGCUCUGGUUCAAUCAAAGCGCAGGGAACCGUUGCGUGACGUAGGCAGGGCGAAAUUUGAACGUCUCGCUCGAGCUCAGCUGCCGUUGUGAAGUGAGGAAAUAAAGCAGACGGAUCUGUACUCUGGGUCUAUACGAACAUACUGAACUAAAUACGCUUUAAAAGACUAAAAAGAGAUCCGAAAAUGAAGUUUAUUCGAGGCACGACGAGGAUUAGAGAUGUUUGUUGACUCGAGUCGGCCGUUUUUUAUUUAAACGCGUGAGGCGGAACUGUGAGGAAAGUUUACGGAUCGCAAGAUUUUGUUUAUUUAACAGAUCUAAGACCCGCAUUUCGCUUUUUAAUUCUUCUAGAGCAACACAUGCGCUUGUUAUUCGUAUAUUUUGAGGUUUGGGUGAUUUUAAACGGUUUAAGGGGUCAUCAUGAGAGUUUUAGAGAGGAAUGUGGUUCGUCUGGCUGUUGUUCAGCAUCUGCGGUCCGUUUACGGAAUAAAAAUCAAGAACUGGAACAAAAACAGAAACAAACAGACUUCGGCAAACUCGGUGAGGGUUUUUGGGGCCCCGCUUGAAAGUCUGCCACACUGUCAUGUGCUAGACUACGGAGACUUGCCAUGUUUUAUAGCAGAUGUUUGCACAAGCCUGAUGGACCAUUUGGACACAGAGGGUCUCUUCAGGAAAUCUGGUUCUGUCGUUCGGGUCAAAAGCCUCAGGAGCAAACUGGACCAGGGUGAGGACUGCCUGUCCACUGCUGUCCCUCUGGACAUCGCUGGACUUUUAAAACAGUUCUUCAGGGAACUCCCGGAGCCGGUUCUCACCGCAGACCUGCACAGUGCUUUCCUGAAGGUCCAGGAGCUGCCCACAGAAGAGGAGAGGACCUCCGGCACCCUUCUGCUGACCUGUGUUCUGCCCGAGAAGAAUUUAAACACGCUGCGCUAUUUCUUCAGUUUCCUCAGGAGCGUUUCUCUACGAUGUGCUCAGAAUAAGAUGGACAGCAGUAAUCUCUCUGUGAUAUUUGCUCCAAACCUCUUCCACUGUGGAGAUGGAGUAGAGAAGAUGAACAGCAGUACAGAGAAGAGACUAAAACAUCAGGCCGCAGCUGUGCAGUGCCUCAUCGACAACGCUGCAGCUCUGGGUGUGGUUCCUCAGUUCCUCAUGGAGAAGGUUCCUGCGAUGUUGGGCUGUGAUGCUGGAAUGUUCUCACCCUCUUCUGUGUCUCUAGAGGAGAACAACACUCACUCAGACAUGAAGAAGAACAACAGACGCAGUUUAGGAGACGUGGUAAAUGGAGCUCUGAAUAAGUUUAAAACUAGUAGAACCCCAACAAAUACCCCACAGUCUGACAGAGCAGUUUUCUCUUCUGCCACACCUGUCAUCAUGACUCCAAACUCGAAGCGUAAGCUGCCACAGGAGUCACACACUCACGGCUUCUCCAACAAGAAACGCAGAUCCAUCAAGAAGAACCUCGGUCUGGAGCUGCUCCCAAACGCUCUGUUUGGAGGAACAUCCACACCUGGAUCAGCUCACAGUGCAUCAGGAGUGCUGGACUUAUCUCAGAACGCUUUACUGUCUUCAGUAGGCAGAAAUACUCGUUCAUCCCGGAGGAAAAGCAACAGGCUGCGAGGUCGCAGCGUCAGCAGAGUUGAAUCAGGAAAGACGGGCUGUUUCUCCCCCAGAUGUGCUAAAAAAGAGCCCUUAAGGAAAUCUCUGCGUCUCCGCUUCAGUCUGGGCAAAUCCAGCCGCGAGUCUAACAACAUUACACAUUCACAACUGGGGCCAAAGAGGUCAGAGGUCAUAGGUUGGCGCCUAGCGACACAAGAGAGCUGUUCUGGUUUUCACUUCACCAAAGAGUCGGCGUUUAGUCCGGCGGUUUUAACCGAGAGCCCUUCAAAAGGCAAGUUAAUAAGCAAGUCUGAGAAUAACCUGCUGACCCCAGAUCACAUGAGCUUGUGGAGUGAAGAGACUCCUCAUGUGACCUCCACCUUGCCAACAAAUUUGUUCUCCAACACCCCCAUGAGCAUCUUCCGCUCUGUGCCGGCGAUCACCGUGAGUGAAACUCAGACGGUCAGCAAUACACCCGAGAGCCUCUGCUGUGUCGAUUCCUUCAGUGAUGAACGUUCCCACACUGGUUACAAACCAGCGCAAUGUGAAGAACCGCAGGAUGAUGUCUUUAGAAACUCUGAGGUGGUUUCCUCUCAUGCGGAUGUGCCCUCAGAUAAAUUAAGCGAAAGUUCUGGUGUUUUUGAGUCCAACACAACGGACGAUUGCAAUGUGACAUUCGGACAGAUUGAGUUUGUUCCUCUGUCGCCUCUACACAUUGACAGCACUCUGUUUGAGACCGGACUCGCAGCUGAAAACAUGCGUGACGGCUCUCUGUGUUUCGAAGAUGAAAGCAAGUGUUACUUGAAGGAGCCUGUCAUGCGUUCUCAAGACUGCAGUCAACUGAUAGACGCUCUGGACAUCCAGAGUCCUGUUCCCUUCAGACGGGACACAUCCAUCAGGGUUCAGUCCACCCCAUACACAUCAAGAACACAAACCGCAUCCCAGUCGAAAGACCUGAACGCCUCUUCGUUGAGCGCAAACACCGACGAGCCUCAGAAUAACACAGACAAACCUCAGAACUCACUCCAAACCAGCCGAAUGAAAGUCUCGGACCAGAUUAAACAUUUCAACAUGAUGACCCUGAAUUCACCCAAAAACAAAAUGACCCGAUCUCCUCUGAUGUUCCAGCGGACGCCCGUGCGGCAGUCGGUGAGGAGGAUCAACUCUCUGUUCAGAGAUGGAAGGACCGGUAUGGUCGUGGCCAGUCCGGUUACGAAGGCUGUGAGUUUUGAGAGCGGUUUAUACACUAGAGCCAAGCAACAGACAGAUGACCCUACAUUCACCAAACCUCCAGUUCCUCCUAAGAAACCAGCCGCACGUCACGCCGCCGCGCUAGAUGACAUCACCAAUAGAGCACCAAAGGUGAAGAGUGACACGCUGUCAGCCAAUAAAAACACUGCUAGUGAAUAUCCCAAAUCUGUCUGUCUGCACGUGGCUGAGAGCGAUGGGACUCGAUACAGAGGUUCACCCAGAAACCCGCUGUCGGAGGGCAGACUUCUGGCGGCGACGAAACCCAUCGACCUGUAAGACAUCGCUCGCAUUUCUUCUGCGGGAGAUUUGCAUCUCUUCAGUGGUCUUAAUUUAUUUUGCUGGAGUGAUGGAUUCAGAGGUGAGAGAGACGGCUGUAGAUCUCAGCAUUGAUGAAGAAAGUCAUUUCUGAAGUGAUUUUUCAGAAGCGAUCGCUGGGAAUUCAUCAUUGGAUGUUUGUGAUGCUGGAGUUUGUAUUACUUUAGUUUGCUGAAUGAAGACAGAUGGUCAUGUGAGAUGUGUCAGGACUGUAUUUAGAGUGAAAAUGGCUGUAAGUUUGAUUUGAAAAAGUAAAAGUUUGGUUCUGUUAUUUAUAUUUUAUGCAAACAUUUGAUUUUGUUGCGAAAGUCUUAAAAACAGCAUUCUCGUGGUACCUCAAGAAAAUGUUUGAAAAUUUCAAGCAGUAUUAUGAACUGUAAGAUCCUGAGGUGUUAAUAUUUUACAGUCUUUUAGGAACACGUUAUCCUAAUAAUUUGCAUUUGGACAAAGUGAACUGAAAUGUUAAAUGGCUCAUUUGAGAUGGCUUUGUUUUCCACAUGGUGGCGCACUGGUGUUUGUCAGGACCACAAUUCAUUGAAAAAAAAAACAUGUUUGCUGGACUGUUAUGUGACCAAAUACAGUGGAAAAGAUCAAA